UCUGUCCAUAAAUGGUCAUAUUGUUGCAUUUACCGGCAGAAUUGGCCCAAAACAGCCGGUCGCAGAUGUUGAAUAAAACUCGCCGAAGAUGCCCAUCCGUCCAUCGUGCCUAGCCAGUUCUGUUCCUAAAGGUCCGCGAUACAUUGCGACAAGUCAAUAUGCCCGCUGUACAAGACACUGAAAUCUUGGUGGAGGCGAGUGAUGUCUCCAAGACGCUCGUUCGCACCAAGCAACUGCCAGACCUGACCGACAAUGACCUGUUGGUGCGCAUUGACAGAUUCGGCCUGUCCGCCAACAACAUUACAUACUCCAUGUUGGGAAGGUCGUACCAGUAUUUUGACUUCUUUCCCACUGAAGACGCAAAAUACGGUAAACCUCCGGUCUGGGCGUCGGCAACCAUUGUUGACUCACGCCACCAUCAGUUCAAAGCGGGUGAUCGCAUCUACGGAUACUUUCCCCUGGCAAAGUACACGAUUCUCCCCGUUUCAACGCGCGGUUUAACACCAGCAUGGUUCUACGUCCACAGACCGCAACUUCCGGAAGACCGAAAGGUCUACAAUCAGUACUUUGUCUGCGAAAAGGAUCCUUUGUAUCUUCCGAACAAGGAGCGGGAGAUGAUGCUCUUUAGGCCCUUGUACUGGACUAGCUACUUUUUGGAUGAUUACAUGAAUGAGUUCCAAUACUUUGGUGCCAAGCGGAUUAUUGUCUCGAGCGCGAGCAGCAAGACUGCUUUUUGUUAUGCAUUUUUGGCAAAGAAACGAGGUGGAACCGAGAUCAUCGGUGUAACGUCCAAAUCAAAUGUGGAGUACUGCAAGAGCUUGGGCUUCUACGACUCCAUUGUCACAUAUGACCAGGUCGACACGCUAAAGAGCAACGUUUCCACUGUCUACGUUGACGUUUCCGGAAACGCCGACCUUGGGCGGCAAAUUCACGCGACGGUCGGAAGUGCGUUAAAAAAGUCAUUGAGCGUCGGCAUGUCUCAUGCUCAAGAAUCCCAGGGUGAAUUUCCUGAAGGUGUGGAAGUCUUCUUUGCCCCUCCUUGGAUGAAGAGGCGGCAGGAAGAAUUACGCGGUCGGUUGCUUGGAAUGAUGGUCGCAUCAUGGAAGGAUGCCAUGGCCAACGUCCACAAAUGGAUCAAAAUUACUGAAGUUGUCGGCCCCGAAGAGGUCGAAAAGACUUGGCAACGCUUGGCAAAGGGCGGGUUGAGUCCCGACGUUGGUCUGAUUGGAUACAUGUGGAAGGACGGUGAAAAGGGCGGACCUGAAGUGUGGAGCAGAAAGAGCAAGCUCUAACUUGCAGAUGGAACUAUUGCAUUGCAAAGAUUUUCUGAGGCCGCUUAGGAUUUAUAAGGACAUCAUCGAAUAUAUUGUACAUACACCCAACGAUGAUCCUUUCUCAUUUCAGUUGGAUAUCCAAAUGCUUUAUAUUAUGUUCAAGAAAAGAAUCUAAAAAAUAACAGUGAAACUAGGC